AUGCGUACUACUACCGCCUAUCCACCUUCUCCUCUUUCCGCCACGCUCCAGCGUUCGUCGAGGAUUGGCACAGUGGUGGGGGUGGCUGCGUUGGUCUACGUGCUCUACUGUCUGGGCGCCGCGCACUCCAUCAUGCCGCCGCCCAACUACACUAAUGACCACCACCUGCCCGCAGUCCAUCCGCUACCACCCGCCAUCGCCACCCACCUCCUCCCGCACGGCCUGCAAGCCGUCAUGGGCACCGUGCUCCACCUUCACUCGAUCGACGUUCCACCCUCUCCUCAUGCUAGCCCUGUGGGUUCGUUCACUCCUCGGGCGAUCGCUCGGGUAACCCUCACCUUGAAGCCAGACUUCGGGUUCCACAUCAGGUCCACCUUCAACAGCGGGAGCGGGCGCUGGCGCGUCUCGGGCCAGCACAACAUCACGUUUGGCGAGGGCGCGUGGACGGAGAUGGCCCCCUCCUGCGACAACACACAGGGCGAGGAACUGGUACUGUGCCACCAGCGGCUGACGAUCGAGGAGCUCCUGUACGACACCUUCGGUCGAGACCACGAACUGUCCCUCACGUUCGUGCCUUCGGUGCGCCAGUUCAUUCUCACCGACCGGCGAGGGCUCUGCUUCGUCUUCAGGAUCCCGCUUGAGCCUGGCCAGUAG